GCGCUGGAGGCCCGCGGUGGCACUCACAGCGCCUUGGACGCGUCCAGGACGCGACCGAGUUCGGCGAGCGCGGCGGCGGCGGCGGGGCCUGGGCGGCUGCUACCGGGCGGGGAGGGAGAGCCGCGUGUCGGCGCAGAGGAGCCCGCAGAGUCAGGCGCCGUGGUGGUCGACUCCUCCACGGCCGCCUCCAUCGCCGCCCGGAGAUUGUUGGAGGAGAGUGUGGCUAAAAGUAAGGGCACUCCAAAGUGUUGGCCACCCACAGGACAAUGGGGCGCUCUUCGAAGGACAAGCGAGACAUCUAUUACCGUCUAGCCAAGGAGGAGGGCUGGCGUGCUCGCAGUGCGUUCAAGCUCCUGCAGCUGGACGAGGAAUUUAAUCUGUUCCAAGGAGUAAGCCACGCCGUGGAUCUAUGUGCAGCACCAGGAAGCUGGAGCCAGGUCUUGAGCCGGAAACUGCGGACGGCGACGGAGAGGGCGGAGAGUGCUCCACAGGCCGCCACGGUAUCUUCGCUCCCGGCGCCAUUGGCCACGCUGCAGGAGGCCGCCAUCUUGCGCGUUCCGCGGCGGGAAACCGCCAUCUUGACCACGCCGCGGUUCGACGCCAUUUUGAAUUUGCCACCGGAGGAGCCAUCGGCGGAGGGCGGAGUAAAGAGAAGUCGGAGUCGCCAUCUCACCACGGUCAAAGAGUUCGCCAUUGGGGGCGACUGGAGCGCUUUCACCUGCAGAUUUUUGGCGGCGGUCCGUUCUGCGAGAUGGACCGAUGCUGAGGCCUUAGAAGUGUUGCCGACUCUUCUGGACGACGAAUCUGUUCGAUUUUUUCGUUCCAUUAAGGCCGAAAAGAAGAAGACAUUAUAUGGAGUUUUUCAAGAAAUGGCCGACGCCUACGAGCCACCUGACGACGCGCAUCGGCGAUUUGCUCAACGACAACGAGCGCCCGAGGAAUCGCCCGUGGCAUACAGGGGUGCGGUGCUUGAUUUGGCUAUGGCCGCGUAUCCAGAAACAACACCUGACCUGCUCGAGCCUCUCAUCUUGGGCAAGAUGCUCGAGCUGUCGCGGGAUCUUGGGAUUCCCAUGCCGGUGUGUGGGCAUGAGAAGCUCACUUCCCGGGCAGCGGCAAAAUGUCUGGAUGCACAAUUCAACCUCCGACGGUGGAAACAAGUCGCGGCGUGGACAGGGGGGCCCGUCGCAGAGGGUGGCGCUCUGGGUUGGGACCCUACGAAGGCGGUAUACGUGCCGGAUGGGGAGGGCCCUCAGGAGCUGACGGCCGCCUCUGGGCCAUGGUCAGGCCGCGGUGGGCCGGCCUCUCGCGCUGCACCACUGGUACGGGGCCGGCGGGAUGCAAGGCCUGCGCUUCGGCGCAACGACGCCGAUUGUUUCCGCUGUGGACGGAGGGGCCACUACGCGAAGGACUGCUGGGCCCGCAUCCCGGGUCCGCCGCAACAGGAGGCCUCAUCAACGGCCAAGCCGACCAAGGAACCACCGAACCAGGCCGGCCUUGACACCAGAGGGGACGAGGCGCCCUGCUCGGAGGGUGCCUGCCAGAUCUGCGGGAACUUCGAGCCCUGCAGCCCUUCCGACCCCGCUGCAGACACAUCCGCGGGACACGCCCGAGACUGAUCCUUCAGGGACACGGGACGUUGGUGGACUUCCAACAGCGACAGGGGGAUUUCACCCUGUCACUCCUCAAACUCCAUCACGUUCCCGUUCCGCGGAUGGGCCGCCGACCGUCCGGGGCGGGCCGGCGACCCGCACACGUUCUAAAUCCCUUGUGUUUCGUUGAUUGUUACGUUGCGUUAUUGCUCUUACUGUGUAUUUAUUGCCUGCUUCUGCUACGUUACUUGAUUGUUGAGUUGUGUUGAUUGUUCUUACUGUUAUAUUGCAUGCUUGGUGUCCUUUGGUGUGUUAGGGUCGGUUUCGCCCGCAUUACUGUUGGUGUUGUUCAGCCGAGGUCGGCUGGGUUUUUCUCCACGGGGGAGGGUGGUGUAAUGCGGGCGCGGGCGACCUCCCGGAUGUGACGUCACGGAGAGGUGGAGUUAGGUGACGUGGGAGCAAGGUUAAGGUUCUUAAGGGAUGAGUCCGGAAGAGGAGGGGAGAGAGUGAGAGACAGGACAAGAGUAAGGCCACGUUGGGCGAAGCCAGGAAGAGUGGCACCGGCGGCCAGCGGUGGCCCGCUAAGGGAGCAGCCAGCGGAGCUGCGAGAGAAGACAGCAGAGUGGCUGCUGGAGAGAGGGUGGUUGAGGAGCUGCGGUGAACACAGCCGGCGAGGCUGUGUGUGAGAGGCUACGAGAGCGACGAGAAGAGAAACAGCAGCGAGUGCAGCCAGUGGGGGCUGCGUGAGGGUGACAGCCGGCGAGGCUGCUGGAAGGUUACGAGAACAACGGGAAACAGGAAGAGGAGCUGUUGGCGUGACGGGGUUAACAGCAGUAUCUGUAUCGGUGCAGAAGGC